AUGCAGGCUCUUCAUCACCUCUCGCGACCACUGCUGCAGGCGGCCGACCGACACUGCGAGGCACUUUUUCCGGGCGGCAAGUACUCGGCAAGUCCUCGGGAAGACCGUCGCCGCCCACCACUCAACAUCGUCUUCGGCACCGGUGGCGGAUUCGUCGUGCGGGCAGUCUUCCGGGUCUCCCCAACGUGGCGAAGACCGGACCGGUUUCCUCUUCGUCGCUGCGCUCGGGCUCGUGCUCGGGCUCGGAGAUGUACGCAUCGAAAGCAGAGUAGCCACGAGGAGAAGCUGCAGAAUGGCACACCGUUGAUGACGACGAUAGGCGGAGCGGGAGGAGCAGGAGGCGCUGGAGGUGCAGGAGGCGCAGGAGGAGCAGGAGGCGCAGGAGGAGCAGGAGGUAUUGGCGCUGGACGACUCUGCCACUGGGAGUAA